GGUGGUGAAGAACAAUAAAGGUAAGCGACCAGCUAUCAAAGAUGCACCUCAGAACCAAGCCUGCAGGCUGAAGAGGCAGAGGAAAGUAGUUGAUGAAAAUGAAAGCGAUGAUGACUUUGAACUGCAACCUGGGCAAGGUGGAGCUGCAACUGACUUAGUGGAAAAUGAGAGCAAGAAAAUAAAGAAAGAGAGCAUUAAAGAUAUCAAGGCCAGGUUUAGGACAAUAAGAACAAGAUCAUCACCCAACAUGAUUGUGAAAGCUCUCUCUGUGAUGACUGCUGCACAAAAGAAGGAGAUACACAAGAUGGGUUUUGGUGCACUGUUUGAUCUGCAAGUAUGUGAAAUACCAGGAAGGUUGGGGUUUUGGGUGGUUGAUAACUUCAACCCGAAAACAUGCCAUGCUCAUUGCUGCUGCACAAUGGAAGUGAGUUGCGUGUAACGGAAGAGGAUGUAGCCCUCGUUUUGGGAUUUCCAAUAGGAGGCAGAAAAAUAGUACCAAAAAAGAAGAACGAGGAAUGUGCAUUGCUUGAAGAGUGGAAAGGCAUAUUUGAUAAGGAUGAAUACAAAAUCAGCCCAUCCGAUGUCAGUACAGAAAUGCUUAGUUAUAAAGAAGGUGGUGAGUGGUUUUCUAGGCACUUUAUUGUUUUUGUAGUGUCACUGCUUCUCGACAACACGCAAAAUGGAUAUGUCAAUCCAAUGAUUGUUAGUCACUUGAAUGAGGUUGAAAAAAUCAAGGAGAUAGACUGGUGUGACCAUGUUCUAAAUUGUCUAAUAGAUAGCAAGGUGUCAUGGGAGAAAAAGAAGGACAAGGCAUUCACCGGUCCAUUGCUAUUUCUAACAGAAUAUGUUAAGAGAUUUGCACAUAAAAGCAAAAUGUUGGCAUCAACUGUGAUUGAUGUGCUAAAGAUGUUUGAAGAUGCACCAAAGAGCUUAAUUGAAAAGGAAAACUUCAUAAGGAUUCAAGAAGCAGCAAAACAAUUGAUUGGUGUAGGGAAGAGAAAAAGAGGAGUUGAUCGUAGAGAAGAAAACGACGCUAGAAGUACACAGGAGAGAGAGGAUGAUGCCUUCUGGGCUGAAACUAUAGCAGCAGUGGAGAGGGUUGAGAAUCCAAAUCAGAAAAAGAGUUUGUACGACAAAGGAAUUGAAGACAUUCCUU